CGUGUACUACUGUCAAUGUGUCAAAUGAAGAUUGUUAUGUCAGUGAAUUGUUGGUGUUUUGCGAUCAUUUUACUUUUAACAAAUUAUGUCGGGGUCAAAGAAAAUGAUACUACGGGUGCAGUCAGCGGAGGGCACAGCUCGCGUUGAAGUCAUGGAUACUGACGUGACGGCUCAACUAUUCGAGCGCGUAUACGAGAACUUGCAUCUGAACACGUUCGCGUUCGUGCUACACAAGGACCGACAGCGCAAAGACGAGAUCAUGUCCAGUAAAUCCCGCAGAUUGCGAGACUGUGGACUGCAACAUGGUGACAUGCUCUAUCUCAGCCCAGUCAAUGGAGCUGUGUUGUUUGAUCAACCAUCCACAAGUGGCGAGCCCAAUGAAAGUGACAAGCCAUUUGGAGAAACAAUUGAGGCUGGCCCAUCAUCAUCAGGUUCAGGUGCAGCACCUCAAGCUGCUAGCACGGCAGCACGGCCCAUAGCCCCCCAAGAGGACGAAGUGGAUCUACAAUUAUACCGCAUGACUGGCAACAUUAACAGACAACGAGAUGACAAGUUAUGCAGACAUAAUUCAAAGGGAUGCUGUGUACAUUGUUCUCCCCUGGAGCCAUGGGAUGAAGGAUAUCUCAAAGAGCACAAUAUCAAGCAUAUGUCAUUCCAUGCUUAUCUGCGCAAGAUCACAUCUGGAAACUUUAUCUCUUUAGAUGAACUUUCAUGUAAAAUCAAACCAGGAUGUUCCGAGCACCCGCCGUGGCCGCGAGGCAUCUGCUCGAAGUGCCAGCCGGGCGCGGUGACGCUGAACCGGCAGCCCUACCGCCACGUGGACAACGUGCUGUUCGAGCACCCCGCCAUCGUGGAGCGCUUCCUGGCCUACUGGCGCGCCACGGGCCACCAGCGCGUGGGCUUCCUGUUCGGGCGCUACGAGCGCCACCCCGACGUGCCGCUGGGCAUCCGCGCGCGCGUGGCCGCCAUCGUGGAGCCGCCGCAGCAGUCGGCGCGCGACAGCGUGGCGCUGGCGCCCGACGCGCGCGACGGCCUGCUGCAGGAGCUGGCGCGGCGCCUGGGGCUGCGCGCCGUGGGCUGGAUCUUCACGGACCUGCUGCCGCUGGACGUGGCCACCGGCACCGUCAAGCACAUCCGCGGCGUGGACACGCACUUCCUGUCGGCGCAGGAGUGCAUCAUGGCGGGCCACUACCAGAACCUGCGGCCCAACGCCUGCCGCCACGCCUCUUCCGGCUACUUUGGCUCUAAGUUCGUCACAGUCUGCGUCACAGGCGACAGCAACAAGCAGGUGCACCUGGAGGGCUACCAGGUGUCGGGGCAGUGCCAGGCGCUGGUGCGCGACAACAUCCUGCUGCCCACGCGCGACGCGCCCGAGCUGGGCUACAUCCGCGACUCCUCCGACAAGCAGUACGUGCCCGACGUCUACUACAAGGAGCGCGACGCUUACGGCAACGAAGUGGGCGUGUCGGCGAAGCGCGUGCCCGUGGCCUACCUGCUGGUGGACGUGCCGUGCGGCGUGGCCUCGCCCAGCGCCGCGCCCGCCACGUUCUCGCCGCGCGCCGCCUUCCCGCCCGCCAACCGCCCGCUGCAGCACCACCUGCAGACGCUGCGCGCGCUGCACCAGCACGUGCAGGCCUCGGACAGCUUCCUGGAGGCCAUGUCCGACCUGCACGUGCUGCAGUUCCUGGCCUGCAACGAGGCGCUGCCGCUGAGCGCGGAGGCGCUGGCGCCGCUGCUGCGCGCCGUGCGCGAGCGGGACGCGGCGGCCGCGGACGCCUGGCGCGCGCUGCCGCACGCCGCCACGCUGGAGCAGCUCAUGCGCGCCGCCGCCGACCACGAGCCCGGCGCCGCGCCCGCGCCCGCCGCGCCCGGCGUCUGGACCUGCCCGCUCUGCACCUUCCACAACGCGCCGCACAACGACGCCUGCGAGAUGUGCGCCAUGCCCAGAAGCAACGCGAUGUAAACAGGGCAGCGUCGCAAUUUACCAACUUUUUACAUCGAGGUGUCGACGCUGCGCGCUGCCCGCCGCGGACUGUAUCUAACUUAUUUUUAUAUUGGAAACGUGUUGCACUUUGGCUGUUGUCGCCGUUUCUAGCUCUCCAGCAAUACACCACACCUCCGUCGAAGUGAUUCUCGUAUAAGUGAAUUAUGUCGGUCUCAACUCGCUGUAACUAAAAUAAUAAAAAUUCAGCAAACUGUU